AUGACGGGUUUCUCCAGCACUUUGCUCUGCAGAGCUGAGAAGGUUUGUCAACACCUUCCCGUUCUCCUCAACACCUUCCUGGUGUUCUCCAUCACCGGGGAGGUGAACUACCUGGUGCUGGUCGAGGCGCCUCUGGAGGCGGCGCAGAAGAAGACGGAGUGGUCCGCCUGGUGGAAGACGGUGCACCUGCUGGCCCAGUACUUCAUGCUGGGGAACAUCUGCUGGAACGCGCUUCUCUUUUUAAAAACGAACCCCAGCAUCAAGGGGGUGUUCUUGGGAGGAGACGGCCUGGGGCAGGGCUGGAGAUACUGUUACACCUGCGAGACGCACACUCCCCCGCGCUGCUCCCACUGCUUCGACUGCAAGGUGUGCGUGCUGCGGAGGGACCACCACUGCGUCUUCUUCGGCCAGUGCGUCGGCUUCCGCAACUACCGCUACUUCCUGAGUUGCUUGUUGUUCAUGUGGUCGGGGCUCCUCUAUGCCAUGGUGAUGAACGCAGAGGUCUUCAUCGUCAUACUGAAGGAGGGCGUGACGCUGCACAGCAUUCUGCUGCUGCUCAUCCCCUGGAUCAUGCUCGUUUCUGGCCAGGUGUCGGCACGCGCCUUUGCGUUCGCCUUCAUCGCCGACACGUGCGUGGUGGGUUUCCUGCUGGUGUCCGCUUUCUUCUUCUUCCACCUCUUCCUGCUGUUUCGCGGUCAGACCACGAGGGAGUGGUACUCCUCCCGCCGCCCCUAUAAUCUGGGAGCGCUCGGUAACCUGCGUCACGUGCUGGGCCUUCGCUGGUACCUCUGCUGGCUCUCCCCGCUCAUCCCAUCCCCGCUGCCCGGAGAUGGGAUGAACUUCCAGGUCACGGGAUCGCUGGAGCCCACCAAGUAA